AUGCAAAAUUAAAGCGCCUCUUUACAAAUCAAUGAAUGUAAAAAUAAUGAGACGAUAUAAGGAACAAAAUAAUUUCGCUCUAAAAACAAUUAAAUAGAUAAUUAAAAAGAAAAAACAUAGCCUGAAUGUAAAAAAGAUUCAGAAGGAACUAAUUAAGGGAAUGUAUCAAGUUUAGUAUAAAUUAAUAGAGUAAGGCUAUGUCGAAAAAAAGGAAUGAAGAGUAUGAUGUGACUACUUGUAUCAAGAAUUUAGUGUGUUUAUCUUUGAGCAUAAUUAAUGAAGAACUUUAAUUUAAUUGUUAAUAACAGAAUUAGAAAGAAUAAAUUUCUGAACAAAGUAAAGUUUUAUAAAAUAGUGAUUAAAACGAGAUAGAAUCGUUUUAGUUACCUCCAACAUCUUAAUAAAUUCCAACAUAAAAAUAAAAAUCUCAUAAAAAAGCAAAGAACAAAAAAAAUAAAACAGAUUCCUCAUUAAAAAUACCAAAAAAUUAAACAUUAACCCAAAAAUAAUAGGCAUUGUAACCUUAAAUUCCAUAACAAUCAAAAGAGAAAUAACAUAAUUAACUAUCUCCUUAAGAGCCUCAUAAAUUAAAACAGUAAAUAGUUUAGUAAAAGUAAAAAAAGUAGUCUAAUGUAACUUAGAUAGAAAAUUGUGNCACUCAAUCCAAAUAGUAUUUUAUUUUUAAUAGAUAAGUCUAAUGA